AUAUUCAAACCCCAACUAAAAAAAUUAAACCCCUCAAUUAGGGUUUCUCUCUGUACACAAGAAGAACAAUCAGCUGAACCUUAAUUUGAUAAUCUAAUCCUAUAUCACCAUGCCUCAAGGAGAUUACAUAGAGCUGCACAGGAAGAGACAUGGCUACCGUCUCGAUCAUUUUGAGCGUAAACGCAAGAAGGAGGCUCGUGAAGUUCAUAAGAAAUCUGAGCGUGCUCAAAAAACAUUGGGUAUCAAGGGUAAAAUGCUCGCCAAGAAAAAUUAUGCUGAGAAGGCUCUCAUGAAGAAAACCUUGGCCAUGCAUGAGGAAUCAGCAUCUAGGCGCAAGGUGGAUGAUGAUGUUCAGGAAGGAGCUGUUCCUGCAUAUCUGAUUGACCGUGAAAAUACAACACGAAUGAAGAUUCUUAGCAACACAGUGAAGCAAAAGAGAAAAGAAAAGGCUGGGAAAUGGGAGGUGCCUCUACCCAAGGUUAGACCUGUUGCAGAAGAUGAAAUGUUUAAAGUUAUUAGAUCCGGCAAGCGAAAAACCAAGCAGUGGAAGAGGAUGGUAACAAAGGUCACAUUUGUGGGACCGGGUUUUACAAGGAAACCUCCCAAGUAUGAGCGUUUUAUCCGUCCUUCAGGAUUGCGUUUUACAAAGGCCCAUGUGACGCACCCAGAACUCAAAUGCACAUUCAAUCUUGAGAUCAUCGGAGUGAAGAAAAACCCUAAUGGCCCAAUGUAUACAUCUCUUGGAGUUAUAACCAAAGGAAGUAUCAUCGAGGUGAAUGUCAGCGAAUUAGGUCUAGUUACACCGGCCGGCAAAGUUGUAUGGGGGAAAUACGCUCAAGUAACAAAUAAUCCCGAGAAUGAUGGCUGUAUAAAUGGAGUUCUUUUGGUGUAGGAGACGAAUAGCACUGAAGAUUUGAAUCAACGUGAAUGAGUGUUUAAUGUCACCAUCUGCUCCAUCUCAAUAGUGUAGUAGUUUCUACUUGCUUCUAACGUGAAAGAUAUAUCCUUGUACGAAUAUAUGCCAGUUUUGUCAACUAGUAUUUGUAGACAUCAGCCAGGCGGCUUUAACAAUGGCCACUUUUUAUUGCCUGGUUCAAUGGCAACUCUGAGAGUUCAUGUCAAUUGUUUUUUA